GGUAUAAAAACACGAAUGCCAUUGGUCUGUUUCACAUGUCUGCUGAUGUGCCGGUGUAGGGUGUUUCAUGGUGUCGUAACACAACGUUGUUUAACGUUUGAUUUGUCUUUAUGCUAUCGCUUUCUCCAGUGUAACUAAGAGCUUUCUGAGCACUACUAUUCAAUCUAGGUGGACGCUUAUCCAGACGAAGCUGGCUAGAGUUGCACCCAUACCUGGCUAACAGAAGCUAACCGCAGCUAGCUGCAAAGUCGAAACAUCUUACUAGAACUAACAUUAGAAUGGGUGAGGAAAUUAACGACAACCUCAUUACCACAGGCAGCGGCACUGCAAGUGACUCCAGCAUUGAGGGAAAUGGCGAAAAAGUGGACGGCGGCGUAAAAUAUUACACAUUAGAGGAUAUCAGAGUACAUAAUAUGAGUAAUGACACAUGGCUCAUCAUCCACGAUAAAGUAUAUGACAUCACAGGUUUUCUUGAAGAGCAUCCCGGAGGUGAGGAGGUUUUGCUGGAGCAGGCUGGUGCAGACGCCACAGAGAGCUUUGAGGAUGUGGGUCAUUCUACAGAUGCCAGAGAGAUGCUCCAACAGUAUUUUAUUGGGGAGGUUCACAUGGACGACAGGAGAAAAGAGAAGCCAAAGGAGGUUCAAGACACAAGUUCAGGAGAAUCCAGCAGCUCCUGGACCAUGUGGUUGGUACCUGCUGUUGCUGCAGUUGUGUUCGGCGUCCUUUAUCGCUUCUACAUGUUGGAACACAAGUCCUCUUGAGUGCUGGCAUCAUGCUUUCAUGUCAUUCUUUUCAUCUGGAGGCCUUGAAAUGUUUGACCAAAACCUCCUCACUUUGAACGCACGCACUUAGGAGUGUCAGCAUUCUCUGCAACAAGAAGAAGAGGGAGGUAGCAGUUUGAUAAAGUGCUUUCGUCCUUGUCCGUCUAUACAGAGCCACAAAUAGACAGUUGGGCGGAGACUUUAUUAAAUUGCCUGCCUUCACUUUCUUUAUGUUUCAUUGUCAUUAUGCCUGUUGUCAUUGAUGUUAAAUGUUGUCUUUAACUUAAAUUUUUCAUAUGCAUUUGUUGUCUCUGGAUUAUCCAUUUUCCUGUUCAGAGAAAGUCUGGUUUUCAUACAUCAUCAUUACAUAGACUGCCUAAAUGGAUGCACUGAUGGAAUGUUAGUAUGCAGACUGAGGUGAUGGUUAGCAGCUCUUGUUCUAUGUUUUAUACUUUCUUUUAACUUCUGGUGCAUUUUCUUAGGUUUGUUACAAUGAGAAAUGUUACUACAGAGCUUUCGGUACAAAUCAGUUUUAUUUCAUUCACCCCUUACUGCACAGUUCCAAUAUUAAGUGAUGCUUGAUUGCAUUUAUCACUUGGUUGCAAACAGAUAAUCUCCCCAAUUAUGUAAAUGUAGUUUUCAAUCUUUGUUUGUUCCCGUUUGAAAAUUGUGGUGUAUCUGAUUAUUUAAGAUGGAAUGUGCUCUGAUUGGUCUUGUUUUUUUUCUACAGUACUCCAACCAGAAAUCUGUGUAAAUGUUCAAAAUACCUGAUCGUAUAGAUGUUUGGGAUUUGUAAUAAUACAGAAAAAUGUUAUUACCCAGAUGUAUUCAAUGACAGACAAUUGAAUACUGUUGAAAGAAAAUUAGCACUUAUUUGAGCAUUCUGAAAUUAUUCUUCAUCUCUAUGCCAUUUGUUAUUUAAACUGAUGCUUUUUCACAACCUUGUUUCAUUGUAAUGCCUGUUAAUUUUAUGUUUUGGGUGAUUGAUGCAGGCAGCUGUCAGUGGAGGGUUCAGAUUGUAUAAAAUUAAGUCUGCCGUGUGGUUCUUGUUAGGCUACUGCUGGUAAAUUGGAGCACUUGGCAGUUGAUGUUACAACCAUAGGAAGUGUCUUUCACUCCACUGUUGAUUCCCUUAAUUCUUGAAUUAUUUUAUUGACUAAACCUUUUUGAAUUCUCUAUGUUGUUGAUUUGGCCUGAUUAAAAUGUUUUUAUUUGGGUAAGCAUAACAUUUUUAAAAUUACUAAAUUUCUUAAACAUUCUGAAAUAUGCAUUUUAUUCAACAUUGAAGAAAAAAAUAACAGACUAUUUUAAGUCCAUUUACCAUCCGUCAGUUCAUAGAAGUUUCUGAAUAGAACUUGCUGCUAUUUUUACAUGUGACUACGAUGUUACCUGCAGAUGUCAAAUUUUGUUGACUUCAACAUUUGCCAUGUCACUGCAUUUCAACUGCCAUUUCCUGUCAUGAAAAAUCUCUUUGAAUAAAAUGAGUCUUGAAGUA